AUGCAGGAGAGAGCGAUUUCACUGCUCUAUCUCAUUGGAGGAUCUUUUGGACUCCGUGAAUUUACUCAGAUAAGAUACGAUGUUCACAAACUACAUGGCAAGGUUGAUCCAGCUUUGAAAGAAAAAUUAAAACCGAGCACUGUGACACUGGAAUCUGAAUAUGAGAAGCUGGAAAAAUCUAACUUGGAUAACUGGGAGAACAUCAGAGGACCCAGUCUGUGGGAAGAUUCCAGGACUGUUCAGAAACAACGGCGGGAGGCUCUCCGUCUCAAGAAGAGUGACUGAGCAAACCACCUUUGGUGCCUCUGGGAAAAAAAAAAGUCUCAGGCUGGACUGUCUUUAUUUUUAAUCCAGUAUCAGGAGCAGACAUGGGAGCAUUUGCACUGAACAAAAUUCAGCUGGUGUAUAUAUAAGUAACUGUGAGAUCAGUCCAAAAGGCACUGUAUUAUGUGAAGCUCUUUGUUUGCAUCCAUUUGUAUAGAGUACCACAGGCUGUAUAUGUGAAUUUUCAAUUAAAAAAAAGCUGAUUAUUCUACUGAGAAUAUGCCAUUGUUUUUCAGUCUCUAACAUUCAAAACUGCUUCAGCAAGGAAUAACAUUUCAAGAGUCACUUGUCAGUACCAGAAGUUGUCAUCCUAAUGAGAACAACAGUGCUGUCAUCUAGAUGUGUGUGACCAGAUAAGUGCUGCUUCAGGGAGCCCCUGCAUGACUUCAGGCUCUUUAGCUUGGAAGGGACUCCACAGGCAUAUGAGAUGUUCAGAACAAUGAGUCCAAUUUUGGCUUAAUAAUACUCUUGUGUUUCAUUUCCAGGGACUGCAUGAAGGCAUGUACUGAGUGUCAGCUGAUAAUUGGUCAAAUAACAUUUGUUUAGCAGUGGUUAAAUUUCUGUGAUUAGUUUAUUGAUACCUUCAUGCAGGCUGGACCUCUGCACUGGAACCUCUCUGUUAAAGUUUGAAGAACUCUUCCUUGCAAAGAGCUGUGCUGCUUCUCUGUGAGUAAACAUUGUAGCAGAAUCUUCUUGAACCACUACAUAGAGGCAAAGCUCAUCUUACAUGUAUUAUUACAUGUAUAUUUGUGCGUGUGCAUAGAAAUUUUUUAUGUUCCAAUCAGUUCUUCUGAAAUGCUUGUCUUUUUAUAUUUGUCUUUGUGUGCUAAAUAUUUGCUGUUAGAGGAUAAUAUUCAGGAACCCUUCUGCUGAGAGAGUUCAAUGAAGAAGCAUCUACUCAAUUUUUCACAUGAAAUGACGCUUUUGAUAAUGUGUUGCAACAGACUUGUGAAACUCCUCAUCAGAGGAAUGGAGCAGUGGAGCAUACAUUAGCAGCAGAUUCUUGUUUCAAAACUCUCAGUGAUGCCUGUAUGUAAAUCCUUUUGGAACUGUCUUUGGAAAAGGUGUGGCCUUACUCCCCUCUGCAGGAUGUGUCAAAUGUAAUCUGAAUGUCCUUUUGGACACUUUUUUAGGGUAGCCUCAUUGCCAUCAUGUAAAUCUUCUCUCAGCAUUUCAUUUUUUUUAGACUGUCUGUGGUGAGGCCUAGUCUUUCACUCAGGAGGAAGAAUUAACACUGAUUUUUAGGGAGUUACAAAGGAAUUCAAAAAGCAUCACAUGAAAUAAAUAUCUUGGGCGUGUUUUGUGCAUGUUUUCUUCUGAUAGAGUUGUGAAAACCACCAGAAAGUGGUGGAUGAAAUCUGUAACAAAGUUAGUGCUGUGUGUUUGUGUAUUUCCCUGUUUAAUGUCAUAGAAAUUUCUCUGCUUCUAAAUCAAAGUGUGAAUAAAUUAAACCAGCCAGGAGAGGAAUAAGAGGAAUAAUGCAAGAGUAGGUAAUCAUAAAUGCUAUAGGGGAAAGCAGUGAAAAACUAGAAUACAGGCAUUAAGCUGUGCUAGACCUAGAGAAGGAGGAAAUUGGUUUAAUUGUUUUGUCAUUAGGCAAAUAAAAUAAAAAUAUGAC